AUGACUCCUUAUUCGACAAUCUCCCUCACGGCCAGCAGUCUCCUCCUCCUCCUCUGGGGCUCGGUCGCCCAACAACAUGCCGUGCUCGAUGUCGACGGAGACGAGCUCCUCGUGGGACGCGACUACGUCAUCAGCUCCACUUACCGAGGGGCCGCUGGCGGCUACCUUUCCCUCCGCCCGGGAACCUGCCCGCAGCCCGUAAUCCAGACGUUGUCCGACCGCCAGCCGGGCCUCCCCGUGUCCUUCUGGCCCGCCAGCGGUGCCCGCGGCGGGCCCGUCAACGUCUCGGCCAACCUGGACAUCCAGUUCAUCAUCGACGCGGCCACGUGGGCGCAGUGCGACGCUAAUCCCGUGUGGAUGGUGGGCACUGACUCUUGGACCGGGAUUGGGUUCGUGCAGACGGGGGGCGAGCUCGGGCCGAAUAAGGACCCCGAGUACUGGUUCAGGAUCGAACCCUACGAGUCCAACUACAAGCUUUCGUAUUGCUGGGCGUGCGAAAUAUGUGAGACGAUGCCCUGCAGGGACCUGAGCAUCCGGAUGGACGUUCAUGGCAGGCGUUUGGCUCUGGCAUUGCCGAUCCCUAUUCCGAUCGAAAGGCCGUUUGAGGUUGUGUUUUGGAAAGGUUGUUGGGGUAAUGAGGGUGCUCGCACAAACAAGAUGUCUACUGAUAAUUGA